UUCAUUCGGUUGCCAAAUUUCUAAGCAUUUUUUUAAGUUUUAGACGCACGUUACUUCCGUUUGCUGUUGACCUUCUUAAAUUCCCUACCAUGGCAGUUGUACCAGUUACAAUUCACACAAUAAGACCCAAUCCUCUACAAAGUCUGGAAUUUCUAUAUGUGCCAUUGCAUUAUAGUCUGCAUGUGACUGCCACUCUGAUCUCUUCCAUUGGGAACUUCUUGUACCGCCUUUGGUCGCCGCCCUUGAGGAGAUGUUGGUAAUUGCCUCAGAUGCUGAAGAAGCCUUAGUAAGGAGAGGUUAAAGAAGCCAGACUUGGACACCAAAGGAAUUCGAAGCCGGGGAGGGACACGACAUCAAGUGAGGCAGAUGAAGAAGAUGUUAGCCCGAGCGGAUGCAAAAGUAAAGUUCGAGGAGGGACAAGGGACCGUGACCAGGACCAGUCUGGACUUAGGGCACUAACUUGAAUCGGGAACGGGAGGAGGUGGAGUAGGAUGAGGGCGAUGGAAUGGGAAUACGAGAAGAGGCAGCAUCAACAGCCACAGCAGCAUAAACAAAACGACCAGCAGAACUGGAGGAACGGAAGAACCAGGCACUGAACCAAAUUUAGCAAGUGUUUUAUUUUACAUUUUAAAUUUAAAUAAAAAAAAUGAUUGGUGAAA